AAUCACCCUCUUCUUUACUCCCCACCAAAAAGCCCACCGCCCACCACAAAACCUUCUAUGCAUCAGUCUUUUACACAUUUUGAAAAAGAAAGCCAGAAAAAUUGAAACGAAGACUCAGAAUCCUUUUUUUGUUCCAGCUCUUUCCCAGGGAAACCUGAAGCACACCUCUGGCCUAUGGACUUUGCCAUCUAAAGAUAACUGAACAUCAGUUGUUGGAGAACAUAAAAAGAAUGGAGGCACAGAGACUUCCUUGUCCUCCGGCCUCAUUAAAUGAUCAAUCAGUUCAGCUGUCUUGCCUUCAAGCCAUACCAACAGCAUCAAAUCUCUCACUGAGUCCAUUGAUUCUCCAGCCAGAACAAGCACUCUCCCAGACUAUAUAUCUGAAAGCCCUUACCAUACCACUUUAUCAUCCUAUCCAGUCAGAAUGCCGUCAGCCAAGCAACAAGCUACCCACAGGCCGAACCACUAUCAGCUUAGACAGCAGUAAUAUGCCUUUAAUUGUAAGCCCAGUUUUACAUUUGGAGGAGACAGAUCAACUUCAGGCAGUCAUUCAGAAACAACCUGGGACAAUAAAUAUAAUUAGUGGUUUAUCAGUUUUGCCACAAAACUCUUCUCCGUGUGCACCCCUUGGAAGCCCAGGGAAAUCCAAAAGUGCUGGGAAGUACCUCUGUAAACAUUGUGGGCGUGAUUGCCUAAAGCCAAGUGUUCUUGAGAAACAUAUGCGCUCACACACAGGUGAGAGGCCUUUUCCAUGUAUGACAUGUGGCAUUGCGUUUAAAACUCAAAGCAAUCUGUAUAAACAUAGAAGAACCCAAACACAUGUAAACAAUGCCAGGCAGCCCUCGGAGACUGACAGCAGUAGCACAUUAGAAGAGAAUGAGAAGGUGACUGAGAGCAUUGGAUCCCCCCAGAUAACAAAAGCCAAUGAUAGAAACUGUGACCUCCCAAGGACAGUGAUUAAACAAGCCAUUUCUGAGUCCAUUGAUGUAAUAACGGACAACUCCUAUCAGAAUGUUCUUGAGAAGGAGACCACAAAAGAUCCAUCAACUCCACUCCAAAGAAGGAAGAUCCAGGAGCAAAAGUCUCCAACAGUUAAUAAGCAUAGUCAGUUACAGAGGCAGCAAGCCACAUAUUCAGAGAAGCUGUGGGACAGUAGAUCGCCAGACUACAAGCUGAAGAAAUGUGAAAGCACUGACUCAGGAUAUCUGUCACGCUCUGAUAGUGUGGAACAGCAGAUGCUGUCCCCCAGCUCCCUGCACAGUCUUAGUGAACACAGCAUAGAGUCAGAAAGUGAUAUAGCCACUAGCAAUCUCAGGUGCACAGCAGGAAAUAGCUCAAAAGUAGAUUUGACUGAGAAAUCACCAGGAGCAGUAACAUUAGAGAAAAAGAAGUUGGAGGAACAUAUCUCAAAGCUAAUCUCUCAUAACAAAGCUGUGGUGGAUGACACCCAAUUGGACAAUGUUAGACCCAGGAAAACUGUCCUGUCCAAGCAGGGCAGUAUUGACUUGCCUAUGCCUUAUACAUACAAAGACUCUUUCCAUUUUGACAUACGGCCUGUUGAUAUAAACAGAAAAAAGAAUCUUUCUCUGUGCUCAGCCAAGUCUAUAUUCACACCUGUGGAAAAAUCCAAGCCAUUGCUGUUUCACUCUGUCCCCACUCAGUUCUCAACAACAAUUGAUUGUGUGCCUGUUACCAGAAGUAACUCUUUGCCUUUUGUUGAGAGUAGUAGGCGGAUGCAGACCGAACUGGAUAGUUCACAACUACCUUCUUUCACUAGAAUGUCCCCAAAUACAAGUUUUUCUGGUUUGUUGCGUAGCAACAACUUCGCUGCAAGUACAGCAGUUUUUCCUAACAGCCACCCCCGGGCACUGGUCAGGCAGGUGGCGGUAGAUGACCUGCCUUUAAGUAACGUGGUUGAAUCUUCAUUAUCUUCUGAAGAGAUGAAAGGCACUAAAAAGCCUGGAGCCAGAGGGGAAGGAGCAAACACAAAGUAUAAGAAACCUAGUCAAAGAAAAUUUAAAAUGUUCUCUCAAGAAAAAUGGCAGGUGUAUGGGGAUGAGACAUUCAAGAAAAUCUACCAGAAAAUGAAAAACAGUCAAACGGCCAAGAAACAAAAGGGAAACAAGGUAACAGAUUUUUCAAGUUUCCAUUUGGAUGCCAAGGAAACAACUAGUCAGGAGGGAAUUGCUCUGCCAAGAGAUGGCAGACUCUCCACAGUUAGGAAUCUAGUUUCAUCCCCAGUACCCAUUUCUGCAAAACUGAAUUCUGAAGAGUCAGAAGGCUGUUCCGUUGGUAGUCCUAUGUCGCAGUGUGUUUCCUCACAGGAGAGUUCAGGUAGCUUUGCAGAAUUAAUGGAAACAUGUUCAGUCAGUGAUUGUGAACACACUGUGAUGACUAAAACACUCCUUGAACGCAGAUGCAAAGAACUGUGUGUUUCAAAACAAGACUCAAGUGACAACAGUCAGGUCCAGCCGUUAAAUACCACUUGUGAAUUGAGGUUCCAACUACAGCAGCCUGCACUCCAAGAGACUGGUACCUCAUUAAACACUGCUAGCCUGCAUGAUAACAGCUUGGAGCAGACAGAUGCACAAGACUUUAUUAAAUGUGUGCCCCUGCUACAUGAGGAUAUUUUGACUAACCAAGAAGAGGAUGCCAGUGGGAAAGAAAGCUUAAAACUUGCAGAGGGGGGCUUACCAUCACAUCAGUGCAACAGCAGUGAGCCAGUGCAGGGACCUCAAAAGUUACCCUCAGAGAGAAAAAAGUUAAAAGUGGAUAAACUGAAGAGCAAGGAAAAUACAAACUUAAAAGUCAGUCUUGGUCUCAGUAGCUUAGCAGAGACAAUUGUGAAACCACUAGAUUGCUACAAACUUAUUGAUAUGGUUGCUCCAGUAUCAGUAAAGCACCCAGUUAAGGGAGAAAAACAGACAGUAAUGGCAGGAAAAAAUGCAUCAGGUAGCAGCAUGGAAUGUGAGGAAGCAAUCCAGCAUCCCAUAAUGAUUUCUGAUAAAAGGGAUGAUAUUGCUAAUCUUACUGAUUCUGCAGAUGUAUCAGCACGUUCAUUUUCUGAACAACCUAGGGCUGGGAUAAGAAAGGGAUACAUCUGUAAUUCAUAUGCUUUACAAAAGCUGACAAAAAAAUCAUGUCCCAUGAUAGCAGGGACAGAAAUGUCAUGUCAGUGUGGAAACAUGUCACCAUUGCCCACACAACACCUAGUAUGUGAUCAAGUAGCUCCACAUCUAGAGAAAAAUGAAUUUCUCCCAAAGUAUAUCCUAAAAUAUCCACAAGAAGGGAAUAGUACAGGUGUGCCAUUAAUUCUUGCAGGGGAGUCAAAUGAAAUGACCUGUAUUUCACUGCCAUGCACUUCGACUGACUCCCCUUCCCCUGCCAAUAACAAUGGAUCACUUGGAACCAAUUCUGCAGAUGUAUUUCUGUGCCCUUUGCAAUUGGAACUGAGUCAUCCAACCAGGACAAAAGAGCUAAAAUGGGAUGUGCGUACGACAUUGAAGUCUCUAGUAGUUUGUUCACCAGCUAUCUUAGAAACAACCAGCAUCACAGCCAGGAUAGACAGAAGAUGCUGUCUUCAGAGUGCCAAGCAAACGGAGAAGACGAAAGAUACGAGGAAAGGAGCCAAUAACAAAGACAAUUUAGGUGAUCAAAAGCCAGCACAGGAGGGGAGUGGACACACAAUUGUUUGUACAUCACACACACCAGGGAAGAAAAUAUGCUUUACAUCUAUGUAUACAGGAGGGUUUUUUAUAUCUUCGGACAUGACAGGGCAGAGUUCUGCCCUUCAGUUAAUACACUCAGGGAACAGUUCAGUUAUAUCGGUGUCUUCAUUGGUUGAAAGGGCAGUUUUGUGUGGAAGCACAGACAAGAAAAUCAAGGAGUGGCAAUCAGAUGUUAACCCUUUCCCAGGAUUUCAAGAUCUGCCCACCUGCUCAGUGGAUAAUUCCAGAUGCCUUUGUCAGUCCUCUGACAUGCUUUAUUGCCAUGUGCUCUGUACUCAGCAAAAGGAAAUCUGCUCUUUGUCCCAAUUAAGUGUAGUUUCUCCUGCAGGAGGCUUGAAAAUCCCAAACUUGGAUAUAUCCUUCCCAACUCUAAAUGCUGAGCCACAGUUGACUUGGUGUUGCUUAUCUAGAAACCUUCCUCUUCCUAUUGAGCAGAAGGAGAAGAAAGAUUCUGCUUAUUCUUCCCUGCAUACCUGCAAAAAUGAAAACAUUGUUUCAAAAUGUAGUCUCUCCUUUUGUAAAAUGAAAAAUACCAGGAAGGCUGCUAGCGAAGGCUUGGCAGCUGAGACCCCCAAAACACCAGCCUCCUGGUUUUCACAGAAGCAGCAGAUGGGGAAGCAGUACCUUUCAACAGCCAGAUUGGAUACACUGUUGAAAAAUAUUCCAGAGCAAGAAGAAGCAAAAGAAAAACUUAACAAAGUGAGAGGAUUCGCAACAAACAAAGCGAAGAGAAGCCGUAAAAGGAAAAAGAUGAAGAUCAGCCAAAAACACUAUAAAGGGAGUUAUGGGCACAGACUCAUUCUAUUGAAAACCAGCAGGAUGGGCAAGCAACACUGGCCAACGAGUAGAGCCUUGGAGACUCCAAAAACGCGUCCCCAUUCCCACACAUCUGACAGCCAUGACCCUUGUGGAAAAUGCCUUUGUCUUUCAACAGCCUCUCAAGGGAAUGACCAAGAUCUGCCACAGGAGACAGCUUAUACUCCAACUGAUCAAGCAGCUUCCUCUGUGAAAAAUAAGCAGAUGAAAGAAGAGAUUCCUGGGUCCAUUAAGCAACACUCAAGUGGUAGCCUCUCUUUUAAUGUAAUUGCUACAGUUCCAGAUGUUCCAACAGCAUCAUAUUCCUGUCCAUUGGCUACUGAUGCACUGGUGGAAAAAGCAAGCACCUUCGAUGUUACAUCCUUAGGAAUACUUCAGAAAGAGCCACAGCCAGAUGUUAAUUCUGACCAUCACUGGUCUUCUACUGGGCAUUGUAACUUUGAAUUCACAGUUUCAGGCAAGAGCAAUUCACGUGACAUUGUUGAUUCAAAGGUUACUAGUCCUAUUUUUGUAGGAUCAGAAGUAGACUGCAAUAGCAUAGAAGUGAAGCAUCAAAAUGUCUUAGAGACAUCUGUUCACACCACAGGAAGAAAAGAAAAAUCCACACACGGGGAUUUGUAUUCAUCUUUAAAAGAGCAACUCGCACCCACCUUCGAAACUCAGUGUCCUGUUUUGCUCAGAUCGAAGCUGCUUCCUGAUAUGUCAGUUUCAAAUAACCCUUUACAUGGUUCAAAGCAUGUGCAGGAGACAAACGACUCUUCUGGCCACCUUAGAUGUACAGAUAAGAACGUCCACUCAGUGAAACCAGAUGAUAAUCAAGGAAAGCUUUGUAAACCUGGAUUUCCUGCUUUUAAAAAACCCUCUGCUUUCAUUGCUAGCUCUGGAACAGUCUCCAACUCUUACAAAAAGCUAAGUGUGGAAGUGAUAAACAAGCAAGCACAUGUGGAAUAUGAUGACACAAGCAGCAGUGAUGAUGAAGACAGGCUGAUUAUAGAAAUAUAGUGAAUAGUCCCUCUAUGGUUGAAGAUUUAACAUAUAGGGCGGGGGGGGGAACCCUUUCUCAGCCCAACGGCUGCAUCCCUGUUGGGCAACCUUCUAAGGGCCACAUCUGCAUCCACACAUCUCUCACUGCUAGCAAGAGGCAUUAUCAAGCGCACAUUCUGUCCUGGCAAAAGCACUUGAGGAGGCUAUGGAAUAGGGCUGGUGCUGGGUACAGCUUGGGAAGUCCUAACUGGUCUAAUAGGGGCACGGUCAUUAGGAAGUGCUGUUUGUUAUGUGCCUUCAAGUUGAUUUCAACUUAUGGCGACCCUAUGAAUCAGUGACCUCCAAUAGCAUCUGUCAUGAACCACCCUGUUCAGAUCUUGUAAGUUCAGGUCUGUGGCUUCCUUUAUGGAAUCAAUCCAUCUCUUGUUUGACCUUCCUCUUUUUCUACUCCCUUCUGUUUUUCCCAGCAUUAUUGUCUUUUCUAGUGAAUCAUGUCUUCUCAUUAUGUGUCCAAAGUAUGAUAACCUCAAUUUCAUCAUUUUGGCUUCUAAUGAUAGUUCUGCUUUAAUUUGUUCUA